AAUUUCGCAAAAGUACUGCCCUAAAAUUAAUUUCAGACCUGUCGGAGUAUAGUGAUUGCGUUUCCGCAGAAACUUGUGAACAUUUUGGUGUGAAAUUCGCCCAGCUAUUGACACAUCUUGCUGGCGAAAUUUUAGACCGAACUAGGGGUACAAAUUUUACCUGGGAAAAUUGAAAAGAGCAAAAUGGCUGCCACGACUCCAACCUACGUAGAAGUCACCAUACCGGCUCCAGUGGCAACAUCGCCUCAGCAACAGCAACAACAAGAUCAUCACCAGCGUCAACUUAACGACUACGAAGCUUUUAAAGAAUACAUCGAGGUGUUCCUUGUCGAAGUUUACCGCUGUAAACUAUGUAAGUACAACAGCGCCGUGAAGGUGAAUAUAGCGGAACAUAUGAAGGAAAACCACUUUCCGACUUACAAUCAAGCUGCUGGCAAUGGGGAUCAGAGAGAAGAACAUGCCAAUGCCGAAUCUCAGCAGCAAAAUCCAGUUCAUUUAGGCGACCUGACAACACAACAAAAUGACGCAGUUUCUCUGUCAAAUGCUUUGGAAGUGUUGAUGGGGUUAGGAGCUGAAUGCGCCGCUGACGCUGCUCGGAGUGCCGAAAACACGAUGUCGCAACCAGAAGGUGAGAUGCAACAUCAACAGGGGCAGGUUCAGAGUCAGGACCCAACUGUGACGCAAGAACAAACCGACCAGGAUGAUGACGAUGAUGACUGUGAGGCAAAACAGCUGCAAACAGUCGACACACAGGUAUUGAAAGAUGUUUCUAGUCAACAGACGACCAUAACGAUUGUACAGGAUCCAGCAUCUGCGCACGGACAGCUACACACUGCAAGUGGCCAAACCCUCAUCUUGAGUAGCAAGCACUUCAAGAAAAGUAGAAAAAGUGAUGCUGUGAUCCCUACCAGAGAAUCGCUAGGUAUAUCAUCUCCAUUCCAGAAGAAAGAAUAUAUAGGGCAGCGAAAAUUUCAGUGUGAGAAAUGCAAGAUGAGAUACAAAACAAGAGAUGAAUUGGAUAAGCACAUUCAGAAAAAACACAAUCGAACAAAGAAAUUCUUGUGCGAGAUAUGUGGUGAAAAGUUGUCAACGAGAGCCAGUGUCAGGCAUCAUGUGCGAAGAAAACAUGCCGACUCCAAAGAAAUUCUUAGUUGUGACAAGUGUGACUACAUCACCAAGUUUGAAUCUCGUCUCAAGAUACACAUGGGAAAACACGGAUCAGAGUUUCAAUGUGAAUUGUGUAACCGUACAUAUGUGAGUAGUGAAAAGCUGGAAGCCCAUUACAAAACACCCAUGCAUAAAAAUGCAGUGAAUCCCAUCAUAUGUGAACACUGUGGGUAUAGAACAAAGAAGAAAGACAAUUUUCUGGUUCAUAUGAGGAAACAUACCGGGGAGAAACCCUACAAGUGUAACAUGUGUGACUAUGCUAGUGCCGAUGGGAGUACCUUAAAAAAGCAUGUGAUGGCAAAGCAUUCUAACAUUCGCCCAUUUAAGUGUAAUCUGUGUUCUUUUGCUUGUGUUGACAAAAAGGGACUGACUAUCCAUAUGCGACGACAUACUGGUGAACGGCCGUUCAAGUGUGAUAUGUGUAAUUAUGCAGCGAAGCGACGCAGUGCUCUUAAUGUUCAUAAACAAACCCAUCUGAAACAAGCUGAAGGGAUGGUGAGAAGAGCAAAAAUGCCUGGGGUUGUACCUAGUCAAGUCACCAUAGCAUAUGACGACCAAGACCAAGCCUACCAAGCAACAACUGUCAGUUUUCCGACGCAGAGUAAUGUCCAGGCGCACUCAUCACAGAUACCAAUUGUCCACCAUGUCAUCACUCAACAAGAAACUGAACAAGCUGUACGUCAAGCUACCCAGAUAACUCAUGUCAUCAACCAGGAUGGAACCCAAGUUCAGAUACCAUCAUCUAUUGCACAGCAUGUCAUUGCGCAACAAGAAGCAGGACAGACAGUACAGAUUCCAACCUCCAUCGCCCAACAUAUCGUAGCACAGCAAGAUGGUAGUCAAGUGCAGAUCUCAUCAAGCAUUGCUCAGCAUGUUAUCGCACAGCAGCAACAACAACAACAACAAGAAGGAGUGCAAACCGUGCAGAUACCAACAUCAAUUGCACAACAUGUAAUAGCACAACAAGAUGGUGGUGUCCAGUCAGUAAAUCAGGCAGUUCAGAUUCCUACAUGCAUUGCUCAACAUGUCAUCACACAACAAGAGACUGAUCAGUCGGUUCGAGCUAUUUGGCAAAGCAUGUGAAAGUGACUUGUGAAUGAACAAUUAAUUUAAAUCAAUUAGAAAUGGAUUUAGUUUUCGCUGAUAAUACAUACUUUCAAACAAUUCAACAGUUGCGUUCUUUGAUAGAGGCUGUAACAUUGCUUUUCGUAGAGGUGCUUUAAUAUUAUAUUUGAGCUGA